CACUGGAAUCUGAAAAAUGUUCGCACGGUCUCUAACUCUGCUGGGGGUUCUAGCAGUCGCCUAUUCGGUGCCCCUGGAUCAGGCCAACUGGCAGCUGGUCCCAAAUGCCGAAGGUCGCCUACACUUGGUGAACAUCAAUCCUUACAACCUACCCGAGGCGAGUGCAGUCGACCCGGAGGUUCUCUUCAAUCCGGAAAGCGACAUCGAGUUCCGAUUGUUCACAAGGAGCAACCCAACAGCGCCACAGAUUCUGCAAAUCAACAAUGCUGGCUCGAUAACUGGCUCCAACUUCAACCCAGCUCACCCUACUCGGUUCACGAUUCACGGUUGGAACGGUAACGGCAACGAUGGUUUGAACACUGGAACUCGCAAUGAACUGUUGGCUCUGGGCGAUUUCAACGUGAUUGCUGUCGACUGGAGCGUUGCCGCGGUAAAUCCCAAUUACGUUGCGUCUCGUAACGCCGUAGGGCCGGCAGGUUUCGGAGUGGGUCGGUUGAUCGAUAGACUGGUGGAGCUGAGGGGAGCCAAUGUGAAUACUAUUAGCGUGAUUGGUUUCAGUUUGGGAGCUCACGUUGCCGGAAAUGCUGGAAAACACUUCAAUGGUCGCUUGAAUUCCAUCAUUGCUCUGGAUCCGGCCGGACCGUUGUUCUCUGCUGGACAGAGUGAUGCUGUAUCGCCGCAGGACGGGCUCUACGUGGAAACCAUCAUGACUAACGCAGGAUUGCUGGGCACCAAUGAGGCUUUGGGGCAGGCCAACUUCUACCCCAACGGAGGACGGACCCAACCAGGCUGUGGAGUUGACAUCGCAGGCGGUUGCGCUCACGGACGAGCUCCUUCAUUCUACAUUGAAUCGAUACGUUCGUCGGUUCCAUUCCGGUCAACGCGAUGCGCUAACCUUGAUGAAGUUCUCGGUGGAUCUUGCACUCCCAGUGGACCCGAUGCCAAUAUGGGUGGAGAGCCGUCGAACUUUGGUAGAGGUGUCCAUGGCAUCUACUUCCUGACAACUAAUGCCGCCUCACCGUUCGCUCAAGGAUAAGCAAAGAAGACCUAAUAAGACUAAUUAUGUUCUGUGAUUUUUAAACAAAUAAUGGAUAUUAAAGAGAAUAUAUGAAAAGGAAUAACUUUUACAACA